AUGAGCAAAGCAGCCGGCGGUGGGGUGGCGGUGUCGUUCGCCUGCCGCCUGGUGGAUCUGAACCAAUCGGGACUGGGCGACUCCCAGGACCAAAUCUCCUCCGCCUCGUUCCACAGAUACGAUUUCCAUGACGUCUACCUCGUCAGGCGGAGCGAGCUGGAAGGUAGGCAGCGUCGGUACCUGAAAGACGACUCCAUCCUCGUGCAGUUCGCGAUCACCGUCCUGCUCGGGGAACCGAAGAAUGCGGUGGCGUCGGAUGCCGGCCCGCCCCCGAGCGUUCCAUCCUCCGACCUGCACAGGCAGUUUGGCGAGCUGCUGCGGAGCCAGAAGGGCGCGGACGUGACGUUCCACGUCUCCGGUGAGUCCGUCCCCUGGCACCGGUCCGUGCUCGCGACGAGGUCGCCCGUGUUCAUGGCCCAGCUGUACGGGCACACGAAGGAGGCGUCCAAGUCCGCGCCGUGCGUGGAGGUCAAGGACAUGGAGGCGGAGGUGUUCAGGGCCAUGCUCCGCUUCAUCUACACCGACACGGCGCCGGAGCUGGAGCGGAGCGGGUGGCAGGCGACGGCGAUGGCGCAGCAUCUCCUGGAAGCCGCGGACCGGUACGGGCUGGAGCGGCUCAAGAGGAUGUGCGAGGAGAAGGUGUCCACGGACAUCAGCGUGAGCAACGUCGCCACCACGCUGGCGCUGGCCGAGCAGCACGGGUGCGCCAAGCUCAAGGCCAGCUGCAUCGAGUUCAUCUUGGCUGCCCCCGAGAAUCUCUUUGCGCUCGCUGCGACGGAAGGCACCGAUGAAUCAGCGGGUGCCCGCGGCACUUGUUUUCUUGAGUUCUGGGUAGCAGAAGAAACCGGCCACAAGAGCGCGGUGCCUUCCGACGAUGACGAACCGUGGUGGCUGGAUCAAGACCGCGAGGAGGAGGAAGUGAAGCCCAAGGGCCUGGUGGACUGGGUACGGGAGGGCCUGGUCAGGGUCGCCACUGACAAGCUCGUCAGCCAUCCGGAAAUCUACACCUUGUCGCUCCAUCUGCCGGCGACUCCCCGCGAAAUUGUUGCUCAGCUGCAAUCUGCCUCUAUUGCGAGUGCCGACAAGAAUCUCCUCGUCCUCCACACCGGGCACAAAUGGUAUUACUGCGCUUCGUCCGGGCAGUACCUGGUCUGCGACGCCGCCGCCAACGCCCUCUUCGUGGCGCCUCCGAUUGAUUCGGUCGACCUUGUUGAGAUGCCCUGUGCCGCCUCGUCGUCAUGCGCCGCGGUGGAGGGAGCGGUGAUUUCAUCCUGGCCCUUCUGGUAA